GGAAAGUGGAUCUUCGGCUCCUGUCAGAAGUAACGACACUCGUGAUAUGACUACAGACCAGGCAACGCGACAACCUUCUAAACAUGCUCUGAGCCAUUUCACCUAUUCUUGGACGAUCAGAGGGUUUAAUGAUUUGGUCACCUUUUAUCCAAAUACUGGUUUUGUUUUGAGCGACAGAUUCUGGUCACCACGUCCGCCACUAACGAACGAUUCUUCCAUAAAGAACAAACAAAAUGAUCAACCUUUUUUAUGGCGAAUCAAAUUAUAUCCUAAUGGUGUUAAUGAAGCAGCAAAAACACAUAUAUCUUUAUAUUUAGUCGCUAUUCAAACUCCAUACGAAAAACAGUCGAACAUAACGUGCAGAGAAAAAACAUUCAAAUUAGAGGUGUUUCGGCUCUCUUCAGAUCCAACAUCACCUUCGUCAACAAUCUCCCAUUUGAUUCGCGAGGAGACCUUCACAAUGAAAUUUGAAUUUGACGGACUAGAUGAUUUUGGCCGGCAUCGCUUCUGUUCAUUUGAAAAUUUAUUCCCGAAUAGUGAUACUACAGCAGAAAUUGAUUUACUUGUGAGGGUUCAAAUAUUCAAUUCUUCAUCACCUACGGGUUCAACGGAUGAACCAGUUGAACACGUUGAUGAAUUUCCUUCAUUUAAGCAACAUUUAGAUGAUGGAAAAUUCAGUGAUGUGGAAUUUACCUUCGACUGUGGUUCAAAUAUUAAAGCACAUCGAGUAAUCCUGGCUACAAGAUCCACUUACUUUGAAAAAUUAUUAGGAGAUAAGUGGAAAGAAGGACAAAUGAAGACAAUACCUAUAAAACAUAUGGAAUAUACAACAUUUCGAUCUAUAUUAUAUUAUCUAUAUACGGGCAAACUAGAGGAGGGAUUACAAUUUAAUGUUUUAAAGGAUGUUUAUUCAAAGGCAGAUAUGUUAAAUCUUGAAAAAUUUGGGGAAAUGGCAGCAGAUCGUAUUGCAGAUAUGGUUAAUGGGGAUAAUUGGGAUGAGAUUCUGAUGUUGGCUUGGGAAGUUGGAGACGCACGUUUAAAAGAGGCAGCAUUGAAUUAUGCAGUAACGAAAUGGGAUUAUAUUAGGGAUGGCGAAAAUAUGAAAAGAGUUAUGAGUUGUGGAAAUAUGGAUUGGAUUGAAGAAUUAAUGAGAGCAAGAUAUAUAAAUAUGCCAAUUUCAUAA